CAACAACGCUCAUGCAUUGGGAGAAUACAUAACAUACCUCCGGGAUCGGGCGAGUGUUGGUACUUAAGGAUACUACUCAAUAAAGCUAAAGGAUGUCAGUCUUUUGAAGAUGUUCGCACCGUGGAUGGUGUCGUAUACCCGACAUACAAAGAUGCCUGCCACGCACUAGGUAUUAUAGAUGACGAUCAAGAAUUUGUUGAAGCACUCGAAGAAGUGAACAAAUGGGGAACUGCAUCAUACUUAAGAACAUUAUUUGCUACUUUUCUGCUUAUAAAGAAUCUGCAUUCUCCAUUGCACGUGUGGACCAAUUGUUGGAAGCUUCUUGCAGAUGAUUUCUUGCAUGGUCCAGGAAAUCCAAAUAUAACGUACAUUGUCUCAGGUACGCUUCCACAUCAUUAACAAUUAUAUUGCAUUUUACAGAAUAAAUAGGAUUACUAUUAUUUUUCAAUUUAAAGAGUGACAUUAGUUUUACAUAUCAUUGUACAUGUUAAAUUAUUUAAUUAAAUGUAUACAAUUAAUGUUCUUAAAUUAUUUAAGAGAGCGAGGCUCAAGACAAGGCACUUCAAAGGAUCGAAGAGAUUCUAAAGAGUAAUGGAAGAACAUUGGCUGACUUUGAAGGGAUGCCUGUCGUAGAACAUAUAGAUGAUGAACGAGUAGUUGACGCAUUGGCGCGGGAAGAAAUACAGUAUGAUAAGGAAGAAUUGUCUAGCCAGCUGAUGCAGUUACUUCCAUCAUUAACGACUGAACAAAAAGAAAUUUAUGAUUGUGUUAUUAAUGCAAUAUCUACAGAUCAAGGAGGUAGGAAAACUACAUAAAAUUAAUGAAUACUUAUUAUAUCUCAAUUAAUAUCUUAAGUCAUGCUAAACACGUCACCCGUUAUCUUCACAAACCAGGUGUGUAUUUUGUUCAUGGAUUUGGUGGGUCUGGAAAAACAUUCUUAUGGAAUACAUUGGCAGCAUCUGUGAGGAGCAGAGGAGAAGUGUUGGUUAAUGUUGCUUCAAGCGGCAUUGCGUCAUUAUUGCUUCCCGGUGGUAGAACCUCUCAUUCCAGGUUUUCGAUCCCAUUGAGUAUUGCUGAAAAUUCAACAUGUAAUAUCAAGCGCGGGAGUCCAAAAUCAAGAUUAUUAAUAGCCACAAAAUUAAUCAUUUGGGAUGAAGCGCCAAUGACUCACAAGUAUUGCUUUGAGGCUCUUGACAAGACACUCAGAGAUAUUUGCUCAUAUGUAAAUCCAAAGAAUGAAGAGUUGCCCUUUGGUGGAAAAAUUGUUGUUCUAUGAGGGGAUUUUCGACAGACGCUACCGGUAAUCCCUAAAGGCACGCGUGAAGAAAUUGUCAUGUCGGCAAUAAACUCAUCAUACUUAUGGGAUUAUGUUCAAGUCAAGCAUCUCACAAUAAACAUGAGGUUGAUGCAUCAAAGCAACAUGCUGGAUAGGGAAGAAGUUGAACGAUUUGCUAGGUGGAUAUUACAGAUUGGCGAGGGCACUAUCGGUAAGGAGUCUGACAGAGGCAUUGAAGUUGAAAUACCACCUGAUUUGUUGAUCCACUCGAAUGGGGAUAACUACAAAGCCAUUGUUGACAGUACUUAUCCAGACUUGCACAACAAUCUGUCAAAUUUUGACUACUUUGAAGAGAGGGCAAUCCUGGCACCAACUUUGGAAAUAGUAGAGGGCAUAAACAACUACAUCCUCUCAACGUUACCAGGAGAAGAGGUAAAAUAUUUCAGCUACGACAGCAUAUGUCCCACUGCGGCAAGUAGUUCUGGUGAUGAUGACAUAUAUCCACAAGAAUAUUUAAACAGCAUUUCAAUAUCUGGAUUGCCA